AUGUCUGCUGAGGAGCACGAUGUCACCUUCGAGUCCGCCGAUGCCGGUGCGUCUCUCACCUUUCCUAUGCAGUGCUCUGCUCUGCGUAAGAACGGUUUCGUCGUGAUCAAGAGCCGCCCUUGCAAGAUUAUCGACAUGUCCACCUCCAAGACUGGCAAGCACGGUCACGCCAAGGUCCAUCUCGUCGCCACCGAUAUCUUCACUGGCAAGAAGUACGAAGAUCUUUCUCCCUCCACCCACAACAUGGACGUCCCCAACGUCUCUCGUCGUGAGUACCAGCUCCUUGACAUCUCCGACGACGGCUUCCUCUCCCUCAUGAACGACGACGGUGACACCAAGGAUGAUGUCAAGAUGCCCGACGGUGAAAUCGGUGACAAGAUCAAGAAGCUCUUCACCGAGGAUGAGAAGGACACCAAUGUCAUCAUCCUCACCUCCAUGGGUGAGCAGGCUGCCGUUGAAGCCAAGGAGGCCCCCAAGGGCGCGUAA